AUGUAAUCAAUAUCUUCUUCACUGGCUGAUGAGCCCGUGUUUUACGCAGGAAAGUAUCCUGCAUUCGUUAUUGAUAACAACGAAGAUUUAAUGAAGAAAGCGAUAGAACUAAGUGCUUAAAAUUUUCAUUAAAUUAACGAGCUUUAGAAACUUGUUCAGAAAAAGUAUGAUGCUCCAUUGGAAACUUAUCUAGAUUACUUUACAAAGAGUUUUCCAGCAAAAAUCUCAGUAGGUGGAGAGGUUUACGGUGUAUUAGAUCCAGAUAAUGGGAAUUUAGUAGCCUGCUUUUCAAUGAAUAGAUACGGCAACAAAUACAAGCUCGAAGGAAUUUCAAAGAACUGGGAAGUAAGUGGAUUUCUUGUUGCUAAACUUGCAGAAAUUUUGAAUGGAAAGUAUGAUGAUUAUGCAUAUUUUGGCCAUAUCGCUGUGAACUAAGAAUACAAAGGUCAAGGAAUCUUUAUGAAAAUGGUCAUGUCAUGGGGUGAGUAUAUUAAAAAAACACACCCAAGUUUCAAAGGAUUGGCUGCAUUUGUUACUGCCCCUCAAACAAUGAGAUAUUACUUCGAGAAUGGCUGGAAAAAUUUAGGAUAAUUGAAUUAUGAAUCAAUCAUUAUUGAUGGCAAAAAAUUCUUAGACUUUGAAAUUGAAAAUCUUGACAUUUAUAUUGAUAAAGUUCCUGCGUCAUACGCUGUAAGUUAUGAUUUUGUAUCAGAUUAAUGA